CAUUAGCUACCUCUGGAGUCUUCUCCUUGCACCCAAGCACUCCAUAGCCAGAUCUGAAAAACAAUUAUCCUCUCGGCUGCCGGUAGUGAUUUCCGAACUAACAAAUUCACCAAAGAAGAAGGGGAUUUAAGUUUGGUAGAACUCCUGUGCGUUAGCUGUUUAUCAGUAAUCUGUAUCUGCUGUACUUUUUCGGCGGGAGGAGAUGAGCAGUUCAGCAGAUCCGCUUGACCACCAUCCGGGCGGCAUCAAUUCCAUAUCGAAUGAAGAAAUAAGAGCCGACGAGUGCGCCGCGGGCAUAGCUCAGAUGUCCGUCAAAGAGGCGCGCGCACUGUCGACAAUAACUGAAGCUGACGAGCUCGAUUCUUCUAAUGGAAGCACAGAGCAGCACGUCUCAACAGUUCUGGACGGAGAUCCUAGUUCGAAAUCAAGAACUCCAAAUCUGAUUGAUGUGGAAAGGGAAAAGAGUGGCUGGGUUCGCCGUCACAGACGGCGCUAUGCCUGACGAACGAGCGGCUAGUGCAGAUAGGAUUAGUGCACUUGAACUAGCAUUUAGAGGAUUUGCUGAGAGGAAAGGAGAUGCAGUUGUGGUUCCUUCUUUGGGCUUGACAUUUGAUUCGCUCGGAGAAACUUACGACUACUACAACCUGUAUUCAUGGGAGUGCGGUUUCAGAAUUAGUAGGUACAGGAAGAGUCAUACAAAUGUCAAAGGUGCUAAAAGCAUGCAAAAGCUACUGUGCAACUGCGGGGAAAACCAAAGAAAGUGAACUCUACUUCGUCCAGAACAGAGUGCCCAGCGAUGAUUAGAUUGCUAAGAACUGAAGAUGAUGGCUGGUACAUCUGUGAAUACAGAGUGUCUCACAACCAUGAGAUGUUACACACAUGCGCACAGAAACUUCACUUCCCUUCCCACCGGCACAUUGACAAAUACGCCAGAGAGCUGGUAUCUCAACUGCGUCGGAAUAAUGUCAACCUCAGCAAAGUUUACAGCAUAAUCGACACAUUUUUUGGGCGUAUAGAGAAUGUUCCUUUCACCAAGAGAUGCCUGAGGACCUUGUGCGCGAAACUAAACAGAGACCAGGGAAAUGAAGAUGCUAAGAAGACAAUGGAUUAUUUUGCAGAGCUCAAGCAGACUGACCCUGAAUUCACUUAUACAGUCUGACCCUGAUAUAACCAGAUCUUGCAGUGCGUGCUGAAGCCUAUGGCAUGGCUGCCCCGAUUUGGUGUCUGGUUGGAAUGGAAUCGAUUUGUGCCGACAUGUGUAGGGGGGUGGUGUUUAUAAUUGGAGGAAGCAAGCGUGUGGGGACAGCUGGUCGGCGAGAUUGGGGCGAAAUCACUAUUUUGACCUUAUCAGCAAUCUUUGUCACAAACUGAACUCGAAAUGAAAGUAUUUUACGAU